CGACGACACCCCCGUUUCGACCGUCCGUCCGUCCCCCUUCCCUUGUCGCCCAGUUUUAAUCCGACAACCCUAGAUACACAGCCAAGAUGUCUGCGAGAGGACGCGGUGGUGCCUCCGGCAACAAGCUCAAGAUGACCCUCGGUCUGCCUUGCGGCGCCGUCAUGAACUGCUGCGACAACUCCGGUGCUCGCAACCUGUACAUCAUCUCCGUCAAGGGUAUCGGUGCUCGCCUGAACCGUCUCCCCGCUGCCGGUGUCGGUGACAUGGUCAUGGCCACCGUCAAGAAGGGAAAGCCUGAGCUCCGUAAGAAGGUCAUGCCCGCUGUUGUUGUCCGUCAGAGCAAGCCCUGGAGACGCCCCGACGGUAUCUACCUCUACUUCGAGGACAACGCUGGUGUUAUCGUCAACGCCAAGGGUGAGAUGAAGGGUUCCGCUAUCACCGGUCCCGUUGGUAAGGAGGCUGCUGAGCUUUGGCCUCGUAUUGCCUCCAACUCCGGUGUUGUCAUGUAAAAUGUGUUAAACCUGGAAUUUGGAGCAAGAAAAAAAAAAGCGAUACCAAGGGCUUCUAGAACAAAGGGGGUGGUACCGGUUUUUUUUUUUUUUAGUAUGAC